GGAAGGAGACACAAAGACCGCGGAAAUCUCUGGUUCCAAGUCUCGUCCGGGUUGUUUCCACUGUGAGCAGUUACAGAACUGCUUACCAGAUACCUUCACCACAGUGACAAUCUUCAGUCGUCGGCAAUGGCAUCGAAAAGAGGCGCUCUCAUAGUUCUGGAGGGAGUGGACCGGGCCGGAAAAACGACGCAGUGCAAGAGACUGGUCCAAGCCCUGCAGCAGAGCGGCUGUCCGGCCGAGCUCAUGAGAUUCCCAGACAGAACCACAAUAAUUGGACAGUUGAUCAGCUCCUACCUGGAGAAGAAAAGUGACUUGGAGGACCACACGGUGCACCUGCUGUUUUCUGCUAACCGCUGGGAACUAGUGCCUACAAUAAAGAAGAAGCUGGAGCAGGGCAUCACUCUGGUUGUGGAUAGGUACGCCUUCUCUGGAGCUGCUUUCACCAGCGCUAAACCUGGUUUCUGCAUGAACUGGUGCAAGAAACCUGACGUAGGCCUGCCGAAGCCCGACCUCGUCAUGUUCCUGAAGCUGAGCCCGUCUGAGGCUGCUCUGAGAGGUCAGUUUGGAAAUGAGCGGUAUGAAACUAGUGGGUUUCAAAAGUUGGUUCAGCAGAGGUUUGAAGAGCUGAUGAAGGAUCCUUCUGUGAACUGGAAGGUAAUUGAUGCGUCGCGGAGUAUUGAGGAUGUUCACGACAACAUCCAAACUCACAGCCUUAAGUGCAUUAAAGCAGCAGAGAACACACCUCUUGGAGAGCUUUGGAAGUCAGCCUGAUGACGCUUCAGAGGAAGUGACAAUAUAACGCAUACGUACACGUCACACCUUGCACAGCUUACCUCUAGUUUGGUUAG